AUGAAGCUUAAAGAGUUCAAUGCUAAGGUGAAAUCACUUCCAUUCUAUGUCACUUUUGAAGAAGCUUGGGAUAAACAUGAUCUAGUGGAGUUCUUUUUCACAACUAGUGAAACAAAGAAGAAUACACAACUUUUUCAGAAGGCACGAUUUCCCAUUGCCCCUCAUGCAGUCAAUCAACCAUCAUCUCCACCAUCACACCACCACCUGAAUGCCAGCAUGUCUUCCAACAAGCUUGGCGCCACUACCCAUUCACCACCUUCUUCCACAACUGCAGAGAGACACCUGAGGACAUCAAAGAGCUUUUUGAGAAAGCUAAAGUUCAGCCUACCUUCAAGACCCUCUACAAGAUUGAAGACCCAGGUCAAUUCUCUAUUCCCUGUCAAAGAUUGGAGAUAUCAAGAUCCCGGUGGAUUUCAUGUCAUGAACAUCAAAGGAGGAUGUGACACACCAUUGAUACUAGGCCGACCCUUUUUGGCCACUGCUGGAGCUGUCAUGGACCUUCCAAACAGGCGAAUGUCCUUAGCCAAUGUUGACAAGACAGUCUUUUACAAGACCAUACCAUUCAUCUCACCAAACAAGCUGUCUUACCUCAUCACUGCCCAAGGCCGCCCAAGAGAACCACCAGACCACACUCAAGGUCACAAUGAGACAAGAACUAAAAGACUAUGUCUCAGGCCGUGCCCUUACCCCAUCUCCAACUAA